CAUAUCAGACUGUGGGUCAAUAUCACCGCUUGUUAGUAUUCUUUCUGUAUAGUCUAAAGCCCCGGUUAAGCAUAGGGGACGAAAAAUCGAUUUGCCUUUUCGGUACCUGUUGCGCCGAAUUGUCUUCUGUCCACCGUGACACCCGCCGCUGCUCUGAAUCAAGGUUAUUUAUUGCGUCGUAUAGUUAGGGCUCACUGAUAGGCCACACACAGCGGCGUGCACGUUCUGGCCAUCAAUGCGGUGAACCAAGCAACUGGCUUACUGACUCUCCAACUCCGUGCCCUCGGCGCCGCAGAAAUGCGCGCGGCAGGGUCGACCCCCCGCCGCAGCCUGCCGCUGCUGGCGCUAGCAUUCCUGGCCAUGGCGAGCAGCCUGCAGCUCGCGCACGGCUCCCUUCUAGACCGGCUGUUCGGCGAGGCGCCGGCCGCGCCCGCCGCGAGCACCGCCGAUUCCGUUCGUGACAUUAUAGAGAACGAGCUGCUCCGCCAAGAGGAGGACCUCCACCGGAGAGCGCUCACGGCGCUGUCGGCGCUGGCGCAUAACCCCGCCGGCGUUGCCUGGCUGCUGGCGGCGGCGGAGGCGGCGCUGGCGGCGGGGCAGGGCGAUGACCUGCGGCACGGCGGCGCCGCCGUCAAGCUGCUGCGCGAGGUGGCGGAGGUGGAUAGGCUGCGGCGCCGCCGUGUGGCGGAGGCGCUAAACAUCGACAUGGACAUUAGUCUGGAGGUCAGGCAGGCGCAGCAGCUGCCCACUCGUACCGCCUCCGUGGCCUCCUCCCAGCAGCAGCAGGCGGGCGGCAGCGGCAGCGGCUACCCCGCCUACGGCCAGCCGUACCGCUCCGCAGACGCCGACGUGGCAGAGCAGCAGACCCGCGAGCGACUGCUGUCUUCUUCGGGAGCCUCGGGAUCCGGAUCCGGCAUGCACGUGCAGCCGCGGAGGCUGCAGCGCGCCGCCGGCAAGCAGCAGCAGCAGCAGACCAAGCAGCAGAAGAAGCAGGUGCCUUCCUCCGCCGCCGACCCCACCGACGCCGAGUCGCUGUUGACGGAUGAGUUCGAUGCCGAGCGCGAGGCGGCCUUUGCGGCGCAGCAGCAGCAGCUCUGGCUUGAAGCGCAGAAGGAGGACUGGGGCAACGAUGCCAUCAGUGCUGAGGACCUGGCGGCGUACACCGGCGGCAACACCGGCAGCGGCAGCGAUGCUGAGGGCAGCAACCGCAAGAACCUGCUUGCCAACUCCGCCGCCGCCGCCGCCGCCGCUGAGGAUGAUGACGUCGACGCGCUGGUGUCGGGCUUUGGUGACCCGGCCGUUACGCGCUGGGGCGCGCAAAUGCAGGAGCGGCAGCAGCUGUUCGAGGCGCAGGAGGCGCUGAGGAUGGAGGAGUCGGAGGUGGAGAUCGCGGAGGCGGAGUUGGCGGAGGCACGCCGCUCGGCCGCUGCCCUCGCCGCCGCCGCUGCGGCUGAGGCGGACGCGCUGCUCUCCGCCGGCUACGAUGCCGGCAGUGCCGCCGCCGCCGGCGCGGAGGAGGAGGGCCUGCCGCACGCCGCCGGCUCGCAGCACUACCACGAGGGCGCCAUCCGUCGUGGCCUGGGCAACGCCCGCCGCACGCCCAGCCCCAGCCCCGCCUCCGUGCCCAGCCCCGCUGGCGACGGCGCCGCCGCCGCCAAGCCCACCAACUUCCAGCUGGCUCCUCCUCCUCAGGUGGAGGUGGCGGACCUGAAGGCCAAGGCGCCCAAGGCCAAGGGCGGCAAAGGCAAGCCGCCGCCGCCGGCCGCCAAGCCCACCAAGGCCGGCAAAGGCAAGCCGCCUCCACCCUCACUCAUCCUUCCCACCGUAAGCGCACCCGUGCCCGGAGUCAACGCGCCGUCCCCGUCCCCGCCGUCGCCGUCCCCGCCGUCGCCGUCGCCCCCUCCACCGCCCUCCCCCAAGCCGCCGGCACACAGCCCGCCGCCGCCGCGCCCGCCGCCGCCGGUGCGCCGGCCGCCGCCUCCCAAACACAACGAGGCGCCUCCCCCUCCGCCUCCUCCUCCCCCGCCGCCCCCGGAAUUCGUUGGCUACCUCCCGGAUUUCCCCGACUCCCCCAACGCGCCGCCCAGCCCGCCGCCCUUCAACGGCAAGUACUCGCCCCCCAGCCCGCCGCCGCCGCCCAGCCCGCCGCUGCCGCCCAGCCCGCCGCUCAAGGUGGCUCCCGACGCGGAGGGGCCACCCGACCAGAUCGGAAUGUACCAGCAGGUGGGUAUCUCCUACGCGGUGGCCGUGCACCUUGUACACAUCCCCGGUACCACUCGCUUCCUGUUUAUGGAGCGCCCCAGUGGCAAGCAUCCCGACAAGAAGACAUUCAUCGCCGGGUUCUUCGACAUUGCCACAAACAAGUACACUAACGUCUUCAACACCGACUCGCUGUUCUGCAACGGCGCUGUCCAGAUGGCCAACGGCAACAUCGCGGUGGUUGGCGGCCACAUCGCCAAGAGCGGCUACCUGGACGGCCUCAAAUCCCUGCGCAUCUACGACCGCACCGCCAGCACGCUCAUCACCACCAACACCAUGAAGUUCCCGCGCUGGUAUCCGAGCGCCAACCUGCUGCCCGAUGGUCGUAUUUUCGUUUCGGGCGGCACUCAGUCGCCGGGUGCGGGCACGAGAAACAACCCGAUCAAUGAGAUCUGGGACCCGCAGAACAAUCCCACGGCGCCGCCCGUGCAGUGGACGCUGCCGCAGAACUUUGUGAACAAGGCCGGCGACAUUUUCUACCCCAACAACUACAUCCUGCCCUCGGGCCACAUGCUCAUGUACUGUGACAUGGUGGGCAUCAUCGUGGACCCCUACACAGGCACCGUGAUCGCAAACAUGACCAACCACGGCUCCAUCCAGAAGACCGUGCGACUGGAGUACCCCUUCUCCGGCACCAGCGUCAUGCUGCCGCUCACGCCCGCCAACGGCUACACGCCCGAGUUCGUUUUCUUCGGCGGCCAGUUUGGCUACGGCUGGACCAACACGCCGGCCGUGGAUCUCGCCAUGCGCGUCAAGGUCAACUGGGACCCGGUGGCGAAGAACUACACGUAUGGAACUUGGGAGGCGGAGAAGAUGAACGCUCGGCGCGUCAUGGGAGACGCGGUGCUGCUGCCCAACGGCCAAGUUGUGGUGCUGAACGGCGCCAUGAACGGCGUGGCGGGCGACUCGGCCACGGGCGGCUCCUCAAAGGCCAACUUCCCACAGUUCUGGCCCGUGCUGUACGACCCCCAGGCGCCCAAUGGCACCCGCUUCACGCGCAUGGCGCGCAGCCAGAUUGCGCGCAUGUACCACUCCACGGCCGCGCUCACGCCCGACGGCACGAUUGUGGUGGCGGGCUGCGACCGCUGCGACUACUUCAACGUGUCCGUGCCCUACUCCAAGUCGCCGUGGGGGCUGCCCGAGUACCGUGUGGAGGUCUUCUACCCGCCCAUGGUGUUCUGGGACAUGCGCCCCACGCUGGUGUCGGUGCCGUCGACCGCCGGGUACGGCACGCGUUUCCAGGUCCUGUACGACACGAUCACAACCAUGGUGGACAUCGAUGGCGUGGUCCUCAUGGCGCCAUCCAGCACCACACACUCCACAAACUUCAACCAGCGCGCGGUGGGGCUGCGCAUCGUGUCGGACAACGGCAACGGCAUCAUCACGGUGGAGUCGCCGCCCAACAUCAACAUCGCGCCGCCCGGCUUUUACAUGGUGUUCCUUCUGGCGGGGCAGGCGUAUUCGACCGCCCAGUGGAUCCAGCUGCUGCCUUAAGUAGGCGUAGCAGACAGCCGAAUGUGUGUGCGUAGGGGUAAGGGGAGCGGGAUGCUUUUUGAAAGAGUUGCACCCGGGACACGAAGAAGAAGCUCGCGGAGAUGGUGCCGCCGCAGAGGUGGCGUCGCGUUGGUGCGGGUACUGUGAUUCGGGGUCUUAGUUCCUAGCAUGGGAUUGCUAUUAAGGAAGGAGUAGAUGCAACGGCUUAGUUCACAUGUGUGGGUGCUCAGUCAAAGUGAUGCAAGGUGGAAUGGUUGGUGUGUAGCAGGAGGGAGCGGCGCGCUGUCAGGGCUGCGUAUUGCCUCGCUUAGGCCGCCUCAUUGAUUUUGGCAGGCGUUAGCCAUCUUAGUCAUCCAUUCAUACUAGCAUGCAUCUGAUAGGAUGCGGACGGUCAUUGAAUACGUCCUGUAGAAUAGGGUACCGAAUGUGUCACUGCACUCCACGAAACUGGCACUGAACAGUCUGGAGGCACACGCGGGACUGGCAAGGCCUGUUGCCGCGUCUUGGUUGAAGUGAGUGCGCUGCGGCCGCACCUGCAAACCUGUAACGGGACAAGCUG